CUUUGAUCGCAAGGGUCGUAUCGUGCCUCGUUACGCUUCGUCAACGACAACGUCGUGUGUGCGCCGUUUUUACGACCCAGUAAGGUUCCGCAGAUAUCGGCUGCCGUGGCUGCCCGAAACCGCCUUCCUGUGCACUCCUUCACACGCCUCGACGUUUUCAAAAAAGUAGAAGGUGCUCUUUUUGUUGAUCGUCUUCGUCGCAACCGUGGGCGAAAUCAUACAGUAGAGAAGAUAGAAGCGGUUUAUUGUCCGUUCGAAGACAGAAGCAGAACUGUAAAAAGAUUGAGACAGCAUCCACACCCAUUCAGCGCUUCUCAACAUCAACUACUUCGUUACAAUGCCUGACGAACAGGUGCAGAACCCGAGCCCUGACUCAGGGAACGAUCCGUGCGAGGAGGCCACGGUACCCAUCACGGACGAGCGCGUGAAGACGCUUGAUGACUCCGGGAAUAAAGCUCAGGACAAUAAUGCUACGCUACUCGUGGCAGAGGCGGAGGCGGACGAGCACGUCCAGACGAUUGACUCCACGAACGAUCAAGGUGAUACUACGGGGCACACCCCCCGUGCUGACGCGGAGCGAAAGUCGCAACCUUCUCCACGACAGGACUCAGAUCUGCCCGACACAUACCACGAGCUUCUCCGCGAACUCGGCCGGCGGGGGUGGAACUUCGCAAAAGACUUUUUGCAAGCCCGUUUAGACAGCACGAAUGCCGAAGAAAGACAAAGCUUGUUGAAGACGAUGAUCACAUGGACAGGUAUUCAGUAUUGUUGUUCGUCGAUCUCCGUAUGUAAAGUAUAAUGAUGGUGUUCGGAUGCGGAAUUUCCUUUUAUUUCGGUGGCGCAUUUGUUGAUUGUGUAUGUAGAUUCCCAAUCCAACUCCACCACGACAGGAGCUGACCCCAACAGCGAGGAAAAGGACACGGAGCUCAUUUUGAUGCCGGACGGUUUCUAUGGCGGCACGCUCAAAUUAUCCAAAUGAGCAAGUAAUGUUCUCCUAGCACGACGACUUCUUCCUGUGCAAACGCAAAGGAAUAGCGAUCACGUCAUUAUUUCCUAUUCCUUCUAUUUGCAGAAGCAGUUGUAGUUCCUCUAAAGGUAUAUACUGUUUCAUUAGCCCAGUGAAGAGCUCGUAGGAGAACAUCAUGAUUUCGCUGCAUACUCGCGGGAGGAUGAGAUGUACAUGGCCCUGUGGAAGGCGUUCUCCCGGGAACGGAACUUUAAUGCGGACCGCGAAGGAAUCCAGCCCUUUCUGCCAGGAAAACGGCUGUUCGUGAGAAAUUUGAUCCGAGCACGGGCGAAAGUCAAGUCGAUGCGUUCGAUGGACGCGGAGGAUGUGCAGAAAACGAUGAACAAACUCCUGCUAAACCAGCAAACAAUAAUGCAAGGUGGGCGGCUGGUUAGCAGAGAACAAUCGGACAUCGCAGAAAACGUGCGGGAAAUUCUGGCGAUCGCGAAGUCGAGCAACAGCGCCUCAUCGAGUAGGACAGCGUCCACGGGGCGGGCAUCCUCGGAGCCACCGACAAAAGACGACUUGGCGAAGCAACAGAAACUACUGGAACAAAUUUUUGAGCUGUUGACCACCCCAUCCACCUCAUCCAAAAACGCACCAAACGAUAAUCAAGAGGACAAAGCGAGCCAGCAGAAGACACUGGAUCAGAUCCUGGAGCAUUUCGCCAAAAUGGCGGAAAAGUUGGAUCAGGUUGCCGAGAAACAGGACACGCUGGCCGGGAAACAGGACACUCUUGCCGGGAAACAGGACACUUUUGCCGGGAAACAGGACAAACACAGCAAACUGAUCCAAGGCGUGAACGGUAAUGUCGUGGAAAGCAGCGUUGAGCACAUGGCAGUGGCGAAGCGAGCCGAAACUUUUCUGAAGAACAUCAUCGGACAGAUCUGUUGGGGCAACCGCUGAAUGCUGAAAAAAGACCUCAUGGAGGAACGGCUCCACAGAUUGUUUCCCGACAUCUGCAAGAAAAAGGGGUCGCUCCCAAAGUAUAUCUAUGUUGACUAGAGUGCAGUUUUUCUUGGUUGUUCUUUUGCUGUAGUCAUGGAAAAAUCUCCUCUUCAUUCUCAUCGUACCUUCUAUCUUAUUUUUCGCAAGUUUAUUCUGAUAUCAAUGGCUUCCAGGUUUGCGAGCAACGGGGACUUAACCCUUUUAAUGACCCCGGAGACGUCUGCGCUCGCGGCUGCGGCAAUGCCGUCGAGCUCUAUCGCGAAUGUCGGAGUGGGUAAAAAGAGAAGCCGGAGCCAUGACACGGAAAAGGGCGAUACGAACAGGCAAAAGGCUGCGAAGAUGGCGCACCCGAAGAACAGCUCGUCUUCAUCGUCUUCGUCGUCAUCAAGCAGUGGGUCAU